UGAUUUUAAAAUCUAUUAUUUUAGAAAUGAGAUCAUCUGUCAAAUCAGAACCUAAACUUUAAAAAAAUGGGUCUUUUUGGAAAAUCGCCUGAAAGAAAUCCAAAAGAUUUGGUUAACGAAUGGACGCAUAAAUUGAGGAAAGAAGGUUAUCAACUCGAUAGGCAAAUUAGAGCAAUUCAAAGAGAGGAAGACAAAGUUAAGCGAUCGUUAAAAGAAGCCGCAAAAAAAAAUGAUAAAGAUACCGCUUUAAUAUUGGCAAAAGAAGUUUUACGAGCCAGAAAAGCCAUCACUAAAAUUUAUACAUCAAAAGCUCACAUAAAUUCAGUUCAACUACAAAUGAAAGGUCAAUUAGCUACUUUACGCGUUGCGGGAUCAUUAUCAAAAUCAACGGAAGUGAUGCAAGCGAUGCAACAAUUAGUUAGAAUGCCGGAAGUUGCACACACAAUGCAAGAAAUGUCAAAAGAAAUGAUGAAAGCAGGAAUAAUAGAAGAAAUGUUAGAUGAAACAUUCGAAAAUAUGGAAGAUACCGAAGAAAUGGAAGAGGCGGCGCAAUCUGAAAUCGAUAAAGUUUUAUUUGAAAUUACUGAAGGUAAACUUGGGGAAGCUCCGGUUCCACCUGAAGAAGGAGCUGAAAAAGAGAAACCUGUCGUUGUUGAAGCUGAAGAUGAAGAAGAAUUGGUUGAAAUGCAAUCACGAUUAGCUGCUUUGAAAUCAUAAAAAAUAUAAAAGCCUUUAAAAUGUUUAUGAAAGCUAUACAAUUCACUUUGCCUUUGUUAAAGUGUGAUUUAUAUUGUGUAUUUGAGAUAUGAUGUGAAAAGUUUUUUUGAUGCAAAUGGCUUUUUUAAACAUUUCUUAACUUAUUUUUUAAGUAUUAUUAUUAUUAAUAAUUAACGUGAUUAAUUUCUGCUGUAAUAAUUUGUUAAGUAUGCACAUAAGGUCUAAUUUAUAAUGAAUCAUGUGAAUGUUGCAUUACGAAAAGUUAGUUUACUUAAAGUUGUAGAUAAAUAUUUAAUAAAUUAUGGAAAAAGU